AUGGCCACUGACAACCGGACGUGUUAUUUUCCCUCGGGGAAGGAAGCUCCAAACAAUGUUCCUUGCAGAUCUGAUACGGAUACCUGGUGUUGUGGUGGUAGCGACAUUUGCUUAGACAAUGGCCUUUGUUUGAAUGCUGGACAUCAACCAUAUGUUUUGUCGCGAGGAGCAUGCACAAACAAAGAUUGGAAUGGAUGCACAGAUCAUUGCAGUAAGUCAUGUGUUUUGCUUCCUCCACAGUCACCCACAAUGAACGAUGGAACAAUAUUGACCAAUUGUGGUGUUACAGAAGAAUCCACUCCAAAUAUGGGCGCCUCGAUUAUCAAUACCUUCUUUAAUGGUUCAACCUCCCUUUACUGCUGCGGCUCGCCCAUAGCCGUCGGGUCUAGUGUUGUCUGCCCUUCGACAUCUGAUAACGACGGAGCGCCAUUCACUGUGAACAGUGGAAGAGUGAUCCCCGGCCGUGCUUUCCUCCGGAAUGUCCCCACCCUCAAGAACACAUCCUCCACAGAGAACACAACAAACGAGCCCUCGACGAGUUGUCAAACGUGUCAUGACACCGCAAUAGGCGCUGGAGUUGGUGUGCCCCUCGGGGCUUUGGCUUUACUGUUCGUGAUCUGGGCACUUCUAGAACGGAGAAGAGCUUCUCGACUUAGUCGUGCUUUGGAUACACCAGGACCCAUAAACAGAGGACCUGUCCAAUUAUCGAGUGAGAACAGUGAGCUUUCUGGGCACACAAGAAAGAGGAACAACAUGGUUGAGUUGGAGGGUGGGCGUCCUGAACUUGAUAGCGGCGUUUCAGCAAGAGAGUGA